CUUAAUCUAUGGGACUGCGGAGGCCAGGAUGCCUUCAUGGAAACGUACCUAGCCUCUCAACGAGGCAACAUUUUCUCCGACGUCGCUGUUCUGAUCUACGUAUUCGAUAUCGAAUCACGAGAAGUGGAACGCGAUCUCGAUACUUACAAUGCUAUAAUCGAUGCGCUGAAGGAGUUUAGCCCGAAUGCUUAUGUCUUCUGUCUUAUCCACAAGCUGGACCUGAUCCAGGCGGAGCACCGUCAGCGGAUAUACGAGGAGCGAUCCUCUUUGAUUCGAAGCCGUUCGGACCACCUUGCAAUCGAUACGUUUGGAAGCAGCAUCUGGGACCAAUCAUUAUACAAAGCCUGGGCGGGCAUAGUCCACAAGCUGAUACCGAACCUCUACGUCAUUGAAAGGUUCCUGAGCGCUUUUGCAAAAAAGAUCGAUGCAGAGGAAGUCAUACUCUUUGAGCGGUCUACUUUUCUCACGGUCACUUCUGUGACAUCUGAUGUUGGAAAUAUGAAUCCGAUCUAUGAUCGACAUGAACGUCUGUCCAACAUCAUGAAGGCCUUCAAACAUUGCGCUGCCAGGAACACACAUACUACACCUGCAUCGGCUGGGUUUUUGGUAAUGCAUACGAAAACUCCGCAAUUCAACGUCUUUUUGGGCCGCUUUACCGAUAAUACAUACAUCUUUGUCGUCGUACCGCCCGGAGAAGCCGUGUACAACUGCGCUGUUUUAAACACGAUGCUUGCAAGGGAAGGAUUCUCGAAAGCUGCUGAAGCCGGUUACGCUGACGGGUUCCCCCUCCCAGCAGUGGAAGGCCCGGGUGCAAAUGGAACGAAUGGAACCGCCAAUCUACAGUCUGACACAUCUCCCGAUGAAGAGUAGAUGUCAACUUCUAGGACGAGUAUUAACAAUACCAUCAUCCUCCCUCCCCGGUAGAUUUUCCAGACAUGAGGCAUAUGACAGUCGAGUUCUGGAUAUAUGAUUUUCCCUAUGUUCCAAUGCUUGAAGCGUUCCAGCAUUAAGACAUGCUCAUAUGUACGUACUACGAGAUACCCAACGAUGAAAUGUAUAGC